GCUGCAGUUCCUGUUUCGGUUCAAAAUGCUUAAACUGCAAAUCGUCAUACUUUUUAUCUAGUGGCUCCUGUUAUCUAUGUCAUGAAGACUGCACAGGUUGUAAUGAAUAUGAUGACUGUACUUCGUGCAAACCAGGUAAAUGGAGUUCAUACAACCAGUGCCAGUUUACCUGUAACAAUAAUUGUAAGAAUGACGAAUGCCAGUAUGACACUGGCUAUUGCGUUCAGUGUAAACCUGGAUUGUACGGUCUACAGUGCCAACAUAAUUGUAGUGUCUGUGAUAACAAUCUUUGUGAUUUACGUACAUGCACGCACGGAUGUAAACAAGGAUAUUACGAGUACAAAACUGAAUCUGAAUCAAUAUGCCAAACAUGCCCGACAAAUUGCAAGUAUUGUAAUGAUGCAAACACAUGUUAUGCUUGCAAUGACGGUUAUCAUUUGUAUCAAUUUCAGUUAAAUGGAAGAGAGUUUGUUGCCUGUGUUAGUUGUUCUCUAGAAUCAAACUGUUCAAAUUAUUGUAUUAUUCAAAAUUGCAAUCAGUGUAAAAUCCAAAAUAACGCAUUAGUGUGCACAAAUUGCCCUGAAGGAUACAGAUUUAACGGUAGAACAUGCAUUCUAAAUACAACUAGCUGUUUUCAAGAAUGUUCCUCUUAUUGUGAUGACAAUGGAGUAUGCUUAGGAAGUUGCAUUGCUGGAUGGACAGGUGAAAGAUGUUCUGGCAUGUGUUCAGUCAAAUGUUUGACAUGUGAUAAAAGUAACAGGGACAUUUGUCAACAAUGUAUAGGUGACUUUUACACUGGUAGGUGUAAUGUGGCUUGUAAUCCGUCAUGCAUCACAGAAAAAGGUACACAAACGUGUAGACUAAAUGAUGGAUAUUGUUUGAAUGGAUGUGAACCCAAUUUCUGGGGUUCUGUUUGUGAUCAGUCUUGCUCGAGCGGUUGUAUUAAUGACAAUUUAUCAGAUACAUGCGAGAGAAGCAACGGGACAUGCAGACAUGGAUGUAAGGACGGAUACAACGGAUACAAAUGCGAUAAAAUUAGCACUACAGGCAAAACAAUUUUGAAGCCUGAAGAUUCAAGCCAAACAUUUCCGAUGCCUGAAGCAGCAACGACCGCGGAAACACACAUACCUACACAGUAUGACUGUAAAGAAAGUUGUGACUACAAAAGCAUUUUCAUUGGAGGAUUUUUCUCGGGAAUAGGCGUGUCUAUAGUUGUUGCAGUUAUUACAGUUGCUUUAUACAAACUAAGACGACGGUAUAUUACAAAGAAGUUAAAGUCACGUCAAGAUUCAGACAAGACUUUUGAGAUUCCCACAUAUUAUAAUGAGGAUGUUGGUCAAACAAUUGAAAGACAAGAAGCGACUAACGAAACAGAUAACUAUGAGAGUCUCGGCAAUACCAGAAACACGGACAAUGUUUACAAUGAUUUAGAAACGAGAACAGUGCAUUAAUAUGCCUGGUUCUGCAACAUGUGACACUCAUAAACUCUACGACAACAGCAAGUGACUACGAGGAAGCUAGAUAGUAUGUUGCGUUAGAUCGAUGUUAUAUAAAAGUGCCCGCUCGUGCCUAAGAUAAUACCCGGAGGGGCACAUUGACUGAAUAUGUGACCUGUAUUUGUGUUGAUGUGGCCUUAAACCCGACAAACAUAUUGAUAAGAAGAGUUGUUGGACGUAUAUUAUUCAACCUUUCUUUUUUAAUAUCAUUUAUCUAUAAUAUUAUUUUGCUUAAUCUUAUAUAUUGUAUUUAAUAUUUUAAACAGUUUAUGCAUGUUAUAUAUUGUGCCAUAUAGUGUAAGGAUAGGUUGAUAUUAAAGUAGGAAGAAACCCAACAUCUACAAGUAUAUAAUAGAUUUCAAAACUCUACAUAGCUUUUACCUUGAGUUAAGUCUGUUUUAUAUCACCUAUUUGUAAUCUUAUGUCAAUACGUGACAUUUAUUGUGAAAAAACAUUGUUUGUUUGUUUUUUUCUCUAGGUCUAUUUUUUUUAAAAAGAUAACUAAAUGGUAUUUUUUUUCUUUAACCUGUUUUAAGGAAUGCAAUAUAAUCUUCGUGACAACGUAAAUACUAUGAUAAUAUAAGUCAGAUCAUUAUCACAUAAAAACCGUGUGGAGUGAUAUUCGUCUAGCACGGAUCUGUUUCAUGAAAAUAUCUGCUAAAUAUUUCUGUAAGCUUUUCUUAGGUCAUUAGUUAGUUUGCUGUAAAAAGAUUUAGAGCUUAUGUUAAACAAAAUUGCUUUCUUCCAAUUGUUUUUACCUGUUAUACGUUAUUUCAUAUAGGAUAUUUUUUGUUUUGUUUAUUAUGUUAAUAAA